CUUAUUAUUGCAGAUGAUUGACAUUUGGCGUGCAAAAUCACUCGGUUGUUUCUCUCUCUAAAUCUACACCAAUCUCUCUUUCUAAACAGAAGUUUCUGUGGCGGUGCGCCUCGCUCCACCGCUAUAUAAUCACACAGAAUCUUCCCCUCUCCGCAAACAAACGAUAAGUUGAUUUGAGAACAGAGCAAUGGCAACAAACCCUAACCCUAAUCCCAGUCCCAGUCCCAGUCCCAGUCCCAGUCCCAGUACUACUCUGUUACUACAGAACAUGGAAGAAGUGAAGAAAGUGUUCGAAAAGUUCGACGCCAAUGGCGACGGCAAGAUCUCGGCGACGGAGUUUGCCGACGUGAUGAAGGCGCUCGGAUCGAAAGCCUCCAUGGAGGAGGUGAGCAGCGCGAUGGAGGAGAUCGACGCUGACCAAGACGGUUUCAUCAACCUCGAAGAGUUCGCUGCUUUCUUAAAGGGAGGUUCCGCCGCGGACGGCGGCGGCGGCGACGACGACGAUGGUGGGGUCGGACAGAUCAGGGGAGCGUUUGAGAUCUUCGAUCAGGACAAGAACGGUCUGAUCUCCCCAUCCGAGUUGCAGGGUGUUAUGCAUAAGUUGGGAGAGAAGUGCACGGUUAAUGAUUGUUCCCGAAUGAUCAAGGCCGUCGAUUCCGACGGCGAUGGUAACGUCAACUUUGAUGAAUUCAAGAAGAUGAUGACUAACCGCUCCACCGACCGUGAUACACAGCAGUUGGGGAAUUGACGGUAGAUCUAGGAUGUGUGCGUAUACAUGUUAUCAUUUCUCUCGUAGUAUUGUUAAUCGCAAGCAAAUUAAGGACUUGUUUGGUUUAAUUAUUUUCUUAAAAAACAUCAUUAAAAGUAGUAGUUAAAAUGAUUUUCGGUUUAGUUAAAUUUAAAGUUAUUUUGCUCAA